AAUUGUGCCCAAAACGAAAACCAACAUAAAAAUAAAUUUGACAAAUGACAGUUGAAAUGUCAAUCGAAUUGAAGUUUAGGAUAAUGGAAAAAGUUUAAAUUUUCAACUGAUAAUCAUGGAUAUUGUAACAACAAGCUUAGAUGCGUUGUUACAUAAAGCUACAAACACACAGAGUCAAAAUGUAGAUACUGCUGCUGUCGAGGCGUUUUGUGCCUUGAUAAAUAAAGAAAAGGAAGGACCUCCCAUCGGUGCUAAACUAUUGGCGAAUCGUAUGCAUUCAAAAAAUGAAACGGAAGCAUUACACACGCUUACAAUCCUAGACACCUCGAUGAAACGUUGCAAUAACUCAUUGCACUCCGAAAUUGGGAAGUUUCGAUUUUUGAAUGAAAUGAUAAAACUAGUUUCUCCGAAAUAUUUGGGCUCCCAAACUCCUAUAUCAAUUAAACAAAAGGUUUUACAAUUAUUAUACAUAUGGACUUUAGAUUAUCCGAAGGAAACUAAAAUUAAGGAAGCGUACGAUAUGCUUAAAAAGCAGGGAGUAAUACGUGAGGUACCUUUAAGUGUUUGUGCCGAUAAUGCUACUUUACCUGAACGCAAAUUAGGGAAUUCUAUAUUUAACGACGAAGAAAAAAAUAGGCUGUUACAAAAGUUAUUGCAAAGCAAAAAUCCGGAAGACUUGCAAGCGGCAAAUCGAUUGAUUAAGAAUAUGGUGAAGGAGGAUGACAAAAGGGCAGAAUUAAAGAGUCGUAGGGUAAUCGAACUCGAAUCAGUACACAACAACGUCCGUCUACUAAAUGAAAUGCUAGACUCCUAUAAGCCAGGAAUAUCCUCCGAGGAUGAACUUCAACUGAUAAAAGAACUACACCAAAGUUGUGAGAGACUGAGGCCAAGUGUAUUUAAACUAGCAACCGAUGUACAACAAAAUGAAGAAAUGCUUAAUGAAGUGCUACAUGCCAGCGACGAGUUAGGUCAAGUGUUCGAUAAGUUCACCGAAAUUAUAAUAAAGGGAAAUAUUCCGCAACAGGAAGUUCAGUCAAGUAAUCUCUCUCUGUUAGAUCUUGCCGACGAGUCUACGUCGAAUUCGAAUAACGUGGCACUUCAAAGUCAAGUUUCCAACGAAUCUCAAUCUGAUAUGGAUUUAUUAUGUGAUAUCUUUACCUCAAAUAUUGUUACAGAUCAAGACGAUAUUCUCAAACCCAUUUCAACACUUAAAAAUACAUCCUUGGAAGAAACUAUCCAUGCAAAGUCAAGUAAAACAAGUGCUUUGGAUGAAUUGGAUGCAUUAGGAGAACACCUACUGAAAGAAAAUCUAUCUUCGCAAAGAAGCAGUACACAAUUCAAUAAGGUGACAGAAAAAGUGUCGAUGAACGUACUAGCAAGACAGUCCUCCUUGGAAAACAAAAAUACAAAUUCGCUUACCGAACAAAGCAAAUUAACUGACUUAGUAGACGCCUUUAAGCUUGAUCUCAAUUUCCUAACUAAAACGGACUGCAACGCUACAGACAGCAUGGCGUCGCAAAAUCGAGACUUAAAUGGAGACGAUGUCCUGGUUGACAUAACAUGUGAUAAAAAAGAACAGUCGGAACCAAUAGUCAAAGAAGAGGUAACGUCGACAAUUAUUGAAAGCAAAUCCCUCACUAAAACAGAUUUCAAAUUAAACGAUCUGUUUGUAAAAUUAGAAGAAAUAAAGCCGAGUUCGUUAAUGCCGCUGGUUGUUUUGGAUGAGAAAAAUGGAAUUACGGUUACCUUCCAUUUUGGAAAGAAUAAACCUCGCGAAGACGUUACCGUCAUUGUUGUCACUACGAUUAGUAAAAAUGAACUACCUCUCUCAAAUUUGUUGUUCCAAGCUGUAGUACCGAAGAACUGCAAGUUGAAGUUGCAAAAACCUUCGGGCACAGAACUUCCGUCGCAUAAUCCCUUCCUCCCACCUUCGGCCGUCACACAAGUCAUGUUAAUAGCGAACCCUGAAAAAAUUAAAAUCUGUUUAAAGUUUAUCGUUAGCUACACGAUGGACGACGAGACGUUUACAGAAAUGGGAGAGGUUGAGAGUUUACCAGUUACGGAAUAAUUCUAAUGCAUUCCACGGCGCUUUUAUUGUUUUGGUAUUGAAAUUCCAUUAAUAGACAUAGUUGCUCGAAUUUUCUAGUACAACUUUGGUUAUCAUACUUAAGCAUAAUAAUCAUUAACAAUGUAUAAAAUGGACUGGUGCCAUCAGAAAAGCAGAUUAAGAGGCGGUUCGUGCACUAAUGAGAUUGCAUUUAACUUUUUAACGUACUUAGUUUUCUUUGUACUUUACAGAACUGUUUCUUGUAUAAAUGUAUUUGUUUAUUAGUAUUUUGUGAUAUAUGUAACAACAAAUUUUAUUUGACAAUGUUUUGUUGAAACUUCUAAACAUAUUUUUUAAUUUAUAUAUAAAUAAGUUAUGCAUA